UGCCCAAAGUCUUCCACUUCAAAACCCUCCCCUUCUCAAACCCUAACGAGUAACUACCUCUGUCAUGGGCGAUACUAUCCUCGCCUGCCACCCACCUCUUCCAACGCCCCCUCCGAAUUCUAAUAACUCCAUGGAUGAUUUCGAUUCCCUCCCAAUCCCUCCUCUCGAUCCCAUGUUCCUCUCUGCACAGAAUUCCUCAUCCACCACCAUUACAGGAGGAGAAAAUUUCGUCUCAGAUCUACCCUUGUCCCUUGAAGAUAAUUACGAUUUUGACAUUACCUUUGACGAUCUCGACAGCUUCUACUUUCCAUCCGAGAACGAGCAUUUCUCUAUCCCCAAUCUUGACGUUACUCUUCAAUCGGGUUCUUCCAAUGAUUUUAUUGAUGGUUUCGCAGCCCAUCAGGCGAAUUCUGCUUCUCUGCAGUCGGGGAGCUCUGGUAUUUGUGGCGAUCAUGGUUCUGAUGUUUCUAAGUACCUGAAUUCCUCUCUUUUGGAGUCUAGGAGUUGUAAUUCGGCUGAUCUAUCCUCUAAUUCUGAUAGGGAGUCGAAUGUUUCCUCGCCGAUAUCCUCUCAGGGCUCCGGGAAUGGUGGGUCGGGUGUAUCUGAAGCUAUGAAUGCUCCUUCUCCUGAUUCGGAUACUUUUGCGUUUGAUCAAAAGAUCAAACUCGAAGAAGUAAAUGCCAAAAGUGGUGGGUUGCCAAAGAGAAAGAAAGAGACCACCAGCGAAGAUUUUAAUGACGAAACAAGAAAUCUAAAGUACCGGAGGUCAGAGAAUGCCGACCCAAAUACGAAAGCAAACUCUCAGUGCGGUACUUUUGAUGAAUUGAGUGAAGAGGAGGAGAAAAGGAGGGCAAGGCUGAUGAGAAAUCGAGAGAGCGCGCAACUUUCAAGGCAGAGAAAGAAGCAUUAUGUGGAGGAGCUGGAAGACAAGGUGAGAACAAUGCAUUCAACCAUUGCAGAGUUAAAUAGUAAAAUAUCAUUUUUUAUGGCUGAAAAUGCGAGUUUGAAGCAGCAGUUGGGUGGCAAUGGUCUGUGCCCGCCCCCUUUGUAUCCACCAAUGGCCCCCAUGCCAUAUCCAUGGGUGCCUUGUGCCCCUUAUGUUGUUAAGCCGCAAGGGUCUCAGGUGCCCUUGGUUCCAAUACCUAGAUUGAAGACGCAGCAACCUGUUCCGGCCCUGAAAACUAAAAAGGCUGAGGCUAAGAAAGUUGAGGGUAAGACUAAGAAGGUCGCUAGUGUUAGUUUUUUGGGUUUGUUAUUUUUCGUUAUGUUGUUUGGUGGACUGGUGCCAUUUGUGAAUGUUAAGUUUGUAGGAGUCAAUGAUAAUGGUGCUAAUGGGAUGGGUUUUGUUAGUGAGAAGUUCUAUGAUCAGCAGAAAGGCAGGAUCAUUGGGGUUCAUGGGCAUUUAAAUGAAUCCCAUGAAAAUAUGGGUGUUGAGUUCUCUAAUGGGAAUUUCCAUGUAGGUAGUAGGAUAAAGUGUAGGAGAGGUAGUGAUGGAUGUUUGGCAUAUGAUGUUGAGCUGAAAAGGGGAUUGGAUAAUUUACCAGACUCGGACAAAUUUGCUCGACUUGCUAAUACUAGUAAUAAGCCACUUGCUGCGUCUUUGUUUGUGCCAAGGAAUGAUGAGCUUGUCAAGAUUGAUGGUAACUUGAUAAUUCAUUCUGUUCUAGCCAGUGAGAGAGCUAUGGCCUCACAUGAGGAUCCUGAAGUAAAUAAAAAUAAGGAGACGGGUUUGGCAAUCCCUAGAGAUUUGUUUCCAUCCCUUGCUUUUCCUGAUGUUGAAGCCAGUAGAGGGAGGCAUUCUCAUUUACAUCGGACUCCUAAUGAACGGCAGAAGGCCCUUGCUUCUGGGACUUCUGAUGCUGUAAAGGAAAAAAAGUCAUCUGUGGCUGAUGGUAAACUGCAACAGUGGUUCCAUGAAGGCCUUGCUGGGCCAAUGUUAAGUUCUGGCAUGUGCAGGGAAGUGUUCCAGUUUGAUGCCUCACCAUCUCCAGGAGCUAUUAUUCCUGCUUCCUCAGUUACCAAUAUCACAGCAGAGGACCAGCAGAAUGCUACAAAUCACAAGAAGGGGAAGAGCAGAAGGAUUCUUCGUGGUCUUCCCAUUCCCCUUGCAGGAUCCAACCUGAAUGUAACUGCGGAACAUGUUGGAAGUUCUCAGAAAGACAACUUUCAAGGUCAUAAAUCAGUCUCGCCCAUGGUUGUCUCUGUUCUCGUUGAUCCCAGAGAGGCUGGUGACAGCGAGGUUGAUGGCGUGAUUGCGCCCAAGUCCAUUUCUCGGAUUUUUGUUGUUGUGCUUAUAGACAGUGUGAAGUAUGCUACCUAUUCAUGUGUGCUUCCACGCUCUGGUCCACAUUUAGUAACAACCUGAGAGGAGGGAAACAGUUGGAGUCGUGGAUUAACUCUACCCGAUUUCAGCUCCCAGUUUUGUAUAUAUUAACACAGAAUAAUUAGCUGCGGCAGUAACAAUUUUAACCUCCUGAUGUAUUUCAAACUUUCGUAGCCAUCCCAACUUUAACCUUGUCAAGAAUUGCGCCGUUAUUAUAAUAUUUUUAAAAUUGUAUUGUUAUUAAUAUAUGGCUUGAAUUUGGAA